AUGCCUCGUGCGUCGGGCUCGGGCAAGCGACAGCAAGGAGGCGCAGGUCCCCGCGAAUCGAAGCACGAUAAUGGGCUCGUAGGCCCCGGCAAGCGCAUCGCGCCCAAGAAGAGCCACGGCCACCUUGACGGCCCCGCGAGGUCGCCCGACAAUGGUGCCCUCGCAGGGCCGUCGUCACCGCCGCCGCACGCUAACGGUCUCAACGGCAUCGGCAAGCACGAUGGCGCCGCCUCCGCCCUGGCCGCGGCAUCAGCGGCGACCCUCGAUGCUCGCCGAGGCUCUCUCGGCACCUCGUCCGAGUCGUCGUCGUCGGAGCUGUCGGGCGCACCCGCGGUCGCCAACGGCGUCGACGGCGCCCGCCAGAUCGACGUCAACGCCCUCAAGAAUGCCGACGUCCACCGCGAUUCGGGCCCGCUCGACCUCGCCUCCACCGUCGUCCGCUCCCUGCCUGUCCAGGACACCCUCGCCAUACUCAUCAUCCUCAUGCACCUCCCUUACGUCUCUCUCACCAUCGUCUACGGCCUCUUCGCCACCCUCACCUUCGUCCCGCCCGUUAUGAGCAAGGCCGGCUGGAACAUGAACCUCGGCGACAUCAUGGAUGGCAUCUCCCAGAUGCCCUCGCUCGCCACCACCAUGGCCAUGGACUUCUUCUUCUUCCUCGUGUGGGUGUUCCUGUGGCCCCCCAUACAGGACUUUAUGCUCGAGUUCGCCAAGCCCGUCGUCGCCGUCACCCUCGGCGGCGGAGCGAGCGCAAAGGACGGCUCCUCGCGCGGCGUCACUGCCUGCUUCAUCUGGAUGUUCCUGCACAAGCUCGUACGCGCGUCGCGCGUGUACUGGCCCCAACUCGCGCGUCAUGUCCCCGAUGGCUGGCGCAUGCCGGCCGCGCUGAGAGAUUCAUUCCUGCGCCCCUCCGCCUGGCAAGACAAGAGGGACGGCCACGGCUGGCUGCAGAGCAUCCUGGCCAUCCACAUCCUCACGCAGGGCAUCGUCAGGUACGUCCGGGAGUGGUAUCUGCGGCGGGAGCGCUUCAACUCGACAGACCCCGAGGCCGGGAAGCCCGGCUCCGCGGUUGUCAGCACCGCAACUUCUAGCGGAAACGAUACGUCGACUGCGGAAACGAGCCUUGUCCCUCCCCCCGACACCGAGACGGGCCUGUCCGCGACGAGCUCGGCCGCUGUCGCCAAGAGGCGGCGGAAGCAGAGCGCACAAGUUCGACUGCAGCAGCCUCUGUGGGCGGCGCUCGCGAGCACUAAGAUCGUCGCGAUGAAGGAGUACGAGAUAUCAAGCCUGAAGGGCGUGGCAAACAAGAGCGACAUUCACAACUCGGGCAGCACCCCCUCGUUCGACGGGCAGCCGAAGCAGAUUUGGAUUUCGUACAUUGGCAGCGACGAGGUGUGCUUCAACACCAGCCACUUCCCCGAGCCCGAAGCGUACGCCAAGGUUAACGGCCACUCGACGACGCCCGCCGGCGUGGACACGUCCAAGCCCUUUUACGUGCGCAUCAACAACGCCUUCUGGCAGCCGACGCGCAUCUACACCAUCGACGACGAAAAGGAGACGCACUGGACGGGCGACAUCUACGGCCUUCGGCCCGCCGCCAAGUACGUGGUCGAGUUCGUCGACACCAAGACGGACCAGGUGAUUUUCACCACCAGCAUCCGCACGGUUAAGGAGACCCUGCGCGAGGACGCCCCCCUGGUGGCCGGCCCGGCCAGCAGCCAGCAGGCCCUGCGCCCCGACUCGCCCGCCACGACGCUUCGUACGUCGAUCGCCGCCGCCGAGGCGAGGCUCGCGGACGAGAAGAACCGGCUCAAGACGUGGCGCAAGGACUGGAAGAACCGCGUCAAUUCGUUGAAGCGGGACAACGAGGCCGCCGACAAUCAACUCGCGACGGCCGGCAACAACGACGAAAAGUACAAGCAAAAGAUCCGCCAGCAGGAGACGCAAAAGGCGCAGGCCGAGCGCGACACCGAGCGCCGCGCGACCGAGCUCGACAACUUCGACACGGCCCCGGAGCUCACCGAGCGCAAGAAAAAGACUGAGCGCACCUUCUCUGCGGAGAAGAAGGUCUUUGACGGCGCCCAGAAGGAGUUCAAGUGCCACAAGUCGCUGCUGGAAGGCGAGGUCAAGGCCAAGGAGGUGGAGAAGUCGAAUCUCAACACGCGCCGCAACAAGAUCGCCACGCGCAUCGCCAAGAUUGAGAAUGAACUCGCCAACCUCACCGACGCCAACAACCGCGGACUUGACGAAGCCGAGCGGCGCCGCCAGGAGAGGGUCCGGUUCGCCGAGCACACAGUCGCCAUGGAGAACAACUACCUGGAGCGCACCAACCAGGCCAUGGCGACCAACGCCUCCAGGCGCGAGCAGCUGCGGGCCCUCCAGGCCCAGGUGCAGGCGUUCCAAACCUACGUCAAUCCUGUCAACGGCAUGCCCAUCGAGGCUCCACCCAUGAUGGCGGACGCGCACCAGCCGUACGGCCAGAGUCCGUGGAACCCGAACCCGGCGGCCGCGUCGCACUUCCCCGGCGGCCCCUGGGGCGCGUCUUCGGGCGACAUGCUCCCGCCGAUCUCGGCUCCGACGAUGCCGCCGGGCCUGCCGUGGCACCCGCCGCCGACGGCCGCGGUCUUUGAGCCGCGCGGCGCCAAGUCGAGGGGCCGCAGUUCGAGCAUGCUGAGCGACGUGAGUGGGUUCACCGAGGCGAGCGACGAGGCCGUGGAGCCGGCUCGGCCUGCGGGAAGAAUCGGUGCGCACGGUAGCAACAGCAGCGGAAGCGUAGGCGAGCCGUCGAGCCCGGCGUAG